GAGAUUCAGGAGGAGCUGCAACCAGAGCAGUCUCUCUGGGCUCUCUCUCUCCCUCCCUCCUGAGCACACUGCUACUCUCCUUCUUCAACGCUCGCCUCUUGUUCUUUUCAUCCCCGACUCGUCUGGUCGGUUUCUCCCCCUACUUUUCCCUCGGACUACCUUUGCAGAGCAUUACAGUCGUGACACGCUGUUGCCACUGCAAGGGAAGGAGGGAGCAGGAGAAGGAAGAGAAAGAGAGACAGACCGAUCGAUUACUCUGGUAUACGGGAGAGAGCGAGAGAGAGAGGCAGAAGCAGUGAUUGUUCGUCCCGUUUUGGUUCGUAGGAGAUUGUCUUUGACUUGUGUGGGAAUACUCCUGAAGCGUUUAAUUCACGUAUGUCCCUUGGAAAGAGAGGACAUCUAAUUGAAGGGAGAACUGGUGCAGUAUUUAGACGGGACUCCUCUUCCCUCCCCCUCAGCGACCAAAACUGCCAACAUUCGGGACUUAGGUGGAGGACCCGGUUUGUCGGAGGAGUUCAAUGUCAACCAAGUAAUUAAUCUCCAUUCCGAAUGAUAAUGCUGGACACCAACACAUGCCUGUCCUUGGACCUGUCUCCCCCGGGCUCUCCUUCAAUGGGAGACGACGUGGAGAAGGCAGGACUGGAGCUGGAUCAUGACCGGCAAGUCUAUCACAGCUUGAAAGAAGUCCUCCAGCUCAAACUCCAGCAGAGACGAACACGUGAAGAACUGGUCAGCCAGGGGAUCAUGCCACCACUGAAGAGCCCGGCAGCCUUUCAUGAACAGCGGAGGAGUCUGGAGCGAGCAAGGACCGAGGACUAUCUGAAGAGGAAGAUCAGGUGCCGUCCUGAGCGCUCCGAGCUGGUCAGGAUGCACAUUCUGGAGGAAACAUCGGCAGAGCCGUCUCUACAGGCCAAGCAGCUGCAGCUGAAGCGAGCACGACUGGCCGACGACCUCAACGACAAGCUCUCCCACAGACCCGGUCCCAUCGAGCUGGUCCACAAGAACAUCCUAUCUGUUACCUGCCUCCAGCAGCACUCACCGGAGGAUUCUCCAAAGGGAGAGAGCUCCUCUCUGGAUGAAGACAGCAGUGAUGCUCUUUCACCAGACCAGCUGGCCAAUCACGACUCUCCCCUGAGUGCCGUCCCUCAGCUGUCUCCCUCUGACGCACUCGCCCAGAACGGGGACAUUGCUCCCACACAGUUCCUUACUCAGCCUACACCACCACCUGCACCACCUGCACCACCUGCACUGCCUCCACCACCUCCUCCCCAGGUGAAUGGCUCAGACUCCCCCUCACCCCCAAAAUUAACAAAUGGAACAAUGUUGACUUCAACAAGUUCCCGCUCCUCCGCUGGACACACCAAGGUGCGCAACCCCCCGCAGACUCAGGCUAAGACGGGUUCAGAUCGUCCUCCACACAGACCUAAGAAAUCAAAGGACAGCAAACCCAAGGUGAAGAAGCUGAAGUACCACCAGUACAUCCCUCCGGACCAGAAAGCAGACAAGGAGCGUCCGCCACAGAUGGACUCUUCCUACGCGAAGCUGCUUCAUCAACAGCAGCUCUUCCUGCAGCUGCAGAUCAUCAGCCAGCAACAGCAGCACUACAACUACCACACUAUCCUGCCCGCCCCUCCCAAGCCUCCAAACGAGCAGCCCCUCACAACCAGCUCGGGCCCUUCCCCCUCCCACAGCGUUCCUUCAAGCACCAUCCCAGCUCCCUCCAGUCAGAGCGCCACUGCCCGUCACAGCCAUCCUGCAAUGGGAGGAGCUAAACCCAGCACUUUGCCAGCCAACCUGGAUGAGUUCAAAGUUGCCGAGUUGAAACAGGAACUGAAAUUACGAUGUCUGACCGUCUCAGGCACCAAGAAUGAUCUCAUUGAGAGACUGCGCAACUACCAGGAGCAAAACGGCGGCACCGCAGCGGCUUCAAAGAAUGGCCCUUUUCUGGCCAGCCAGCUGGGUGCUAUCUCGGCUGCCAGCACCAGCAUAUCCUCUUCCACCACAACUACCACACCCGAGCAUUUGGGAGAGGGUGGGUUCAAAUUAGCAUUAGCUUCGCUGGCUCACGCUGUUCCUGGGAGAGUCAUGCGGUUUGGCAGCACCAGCUCCAGCCCUCCCAUGUCUCCCACACCCUCUGAGAGGUCUUUGGCCGGCAUGAGUCCAGAUGAGACGAGCUGUAGUGGAGACAUGUUUGGAGAGAUGGUGAGCUCUCCUCUGACCCAGCUCACCUUGCAACAAUCCCCUCAGUCCUCAUCAAGCAUCUCCCUGCUCUCGCAGCCUCUCACCAUGGUGAAAGAUGAGAUUCGGAGUCCAUGCAGUCUGUCCGGGUCUCCAUCUGCCUCAGGCCAGCGCCCGGAGCCCCUGACAAGUUCAGCCGUGGACAAAGACCAGAUGCUCCAUGAGAAGGACAAACAGAUCGAGGAGUUGACCAGGAUGCUAAGGCAGAAGCAGAGGCUGGUGGAGACUCUCAGGUCUCAGCUGGAGCAGGGAAAGAUGCCAGGUGCAAUACUGGUGAAGAAAGAAGGCAGUGAAAAGAGCAAAACAAUGUCAGAAGUUAAACUUGAAACUCUAAUAAAAGCCUCAGCCAUUCAGCCCCCAACUCUCCCCAACGGUGUUGUGUUGAGGGUGAAGAAGGAGGAAGACUCGGAGGAAGAAAUGGAAGGUGUAACGGAGGAAGCCCAGGGAAAGAAGCUGCUCCAGCCAAUGCAGUGCUCCCAGGAGACUCUGCUAAGACUGCAGCAGAUUCAUCGGCUGCAGGUCCAACAAGCAGAGCAGCAGAAACAGCAGCUGCAACAACCCCAACAGCAGCAGAGUCAGGCACAAGCGCUUAAGGUGGCAGAGGCUAAAACAAACUCGACGCAAAAGCAACUGCAGCAAAAGAAAGAAGCUCAAGUCCUGCUUCAGCAGCAGCAGCAGCUCCAGCAGCUCAUCAUACAGCAGACUCAGCAGAAGCAGCUCCAGGCCCAGCAGAAGUUAGCACAGCAGAAACUUGCCCAGCAGAAGCUGGUGCAGCAGAACCAGCUCAAACAACACCAAGGGCAAGUGCAGCAGAGCCAGCAGAAGAACCAAGUGCAGCUGAAGCAGGUUCAGGUGCAGAUCCAGAACCAGACGGUGGCGAGCCCGAAGCCCGCAGUGAACCAAAUCCAGCAGAGGAGGCAGCUAAAGGCUCAUCAGAGGCUGCAGCACAAACAACAGACGACAGCUGUCGCCACACAACAGGUGACGCCAGUCUUGGUCAACCAACAAAACAGCACUCAGAUCCACACUCAGGCCAUUUCAUUAGACCUCCUGAAGGCCAACGGCACACCCACGCUGGUCACCGACAGCAACGGCAACCAUUACCUGAUCGCUCUCACCAAUCACACGACAGACGGGCAGAAUGGAGUGUCCUCAUUGGCCAAACCCAACGGACGCAUCACACUGCAGAGAUUGCAGUCGACUCCAAGUAAACUCCCCAGCGCUGAGAGCCAAUCAAAAGAGCAGGCCAAAGCCGAGCCUGUGAGCCAGACAAGCAAAAAGGAACAGAAGGCGGGGCUUCACCUUGACAUUAAUGGCGUCCAGCAGCCCAGCCCACCAGUCACAGCUCCUCCCAUCCUGCAGCCGUUCUUCGACGACGUGUUGGAGAGCGAGAGCCAAAGCCAACUUCUGUCCUCUCUCAAGAGAGAGGAGGUGUGUCCACCUUAUGACCGGCACACACUCUUCACACCUCCCUCUCCCAAACUCCACACCUCCCUUCCUACCAAACGCUCCAAAGAGAACGGCAUGAACAGUCAGCAGAUGGACGACCUCUUCGACAUCCUGCUGAAGAGCGGAGAAAUCCCCAGCUUCAAGGCCAACCCUGACCCUUCCCUCGCCCAUCUCCACUCAGAACCACCCUCCCCAUCUUCUCCCCCAUCUCCCCUCCGCCUGUCCCCUCCCACCCAGACACAACCCAUCAUUUCCCCUCAGCCCUCAAUGGUAGAACCCUGCACAGGCAGUGGACGCCUGGAGGACUUCCUGGAGAGCACUACGGGCAGCCCCCUGCUGGGUGUGGAGCCUGACGGCGCCCUGACGCUCAUCGACGACCUCCACAGCCAAAUGCUGAGUACGCCCAGCAUCCUGGACCACUCUUCCUCCCCCAUGGACACAUCCGACCUGGGCUUCUCCCCUCAUUCUACAGGGUUGGACUUUGGCGACCCCACAUUGGACAGCAUGGACUGGCUGGAUAUCUCCAUGGUGGGAAGCGGAGGGAGCUCAGGCAGUGGCGUGGGGAGAGGAGGUGUGGGAGGAGGCAGUGAAGGAGACGGUGGGACUAGUCUGGCUCCACUGGUGCCGCACACUCCCCCAAGUGUCUUCUCAGCUGAUUUUCUGGACAGCACGGACCUGCAGCUCCACUGGGAGUCAUGUUUGUAGCUUCGCUCACAGAUGGACUCACACUUGCUCACACUGUGUACAGGCUCUGUCUUUAUUUUAUGCACAUACUGAAAACUUCUCUAUGCUGUCUCCACCACUGCAGGGGUCACUGGCACAUGCAAACACAUGCACACACACAUUUUCACACUUCGCCCUGUCUUUCACUGGCUGUUACUGUAUGCGGGAUGAGGUGAAAUGAGGAAAAUCAUGAUCAUGAUGAGGACCUGAACUGGUGGGACUGAAGUGGAUUCUCUGAAUUUGAAUUAUGUGGAGAUUCAUACAGCACACUGUAAAAAUCCUCAUGUGCUCUAACCUGUAUUAUAACCAGGUUAAAGGAGUUACAAGCUAGUUUUGUUAUUACUACACAGCCAAUGUUAGCAUUACAGGUGUUUAUUUAGCAGUUUUGCUAAGACUAAGAAGGAAAGAGGUGUUAAUAUGCUUUUGGGGCAGUGCUACUUCUUCAGGCCAGUGAGGACACCACCGUGUCUUAUCAUCAGAAUGGGACAAAAUGGGAAGGCUAGGCCAGGGCUAGCUGGUUAGCAUGUAGUGAUGGUAUUAGAGGCUAGUUUGCUCUCUACUGAUGGAGACGGCCGUUGAUGGUGUAGGAGGGAAGUUCAUUACCGGGCACCAUUUCUGCUAAUUUUAAGGUUUGGCUAUGGUACAGUAGCUAACCUUAUAAUUGGCUCCUUCAAAGGGAACAGCACACUGUAAAAUCCUCAUGUGUCUUGACCUGAGUUAUAACCAGGUUAAAGGAGCUAUUUGUUAGUUUUGCUAUUGCAAUGCUACCAGCAUUAGUAUUAAUGGUGUUUACUUAGCAGUUUUGCCAAGCCCUUAAAGAAAAACAGUGUUAAUACGCUGUUGGAGCCAAGCUUCUUCAAGAGGAUGCUACAUUGACUUCACUGGGCCAGCAGGGUUGUGGCUAGCUAACAUCACUAAGCAGUGAUGGAAAUGGUUUGUUUUCCACUGUUAGAGGACACUAUUGGCAGUGUAGUAGUAAAGUUAGUUGCUAAGCAACAUGUUUGCCAAUGCUAACGUUUGGCUACAUAGCUUUGGCCAUCUAAUAAUUAGCUCCUUAAAAGGGAACCAACAGCACACUCUAAAAUCCUCAUGUGUCCUGACCUGCAUUUAUAUCCAGGUUAAAGGAGCUAUAUGCUAGUUUUGCUGUUUUGCAACGUUAGCAAUACAUGUGUUUUCUUAGUAGUUUUCCCCAGGGCUUUGAGAAAAGAGGUUCUAAUGUAGCAGACAGGGAGGACAACUGAGGCUAACUAGCUAUUUAGCAUGCUAACUUAUUAUUGGUAGAAAUGGAGGCUAGUUUGCUUUUCUACUGUUGUAGACAGCAGUGUAGCAGCGAAGUUUGAUGCUAAGCAACAUUUCUGCUAAUGCUAAUGUUGGGCUACGUAGCAGUUGCCAAACUUACAAUUGGCUCCUUUAAAGGGAAACCAGCAGAUCAUUGUAUUAACAUCAUUUCAACCCUUGGAAAGCGGUUUGACAGGUACGAGCUUACAAGGGCGUGCUGGUGGCGUUCACCUGUGCUCCUGGAGAUGGCGAAGCAUGUGUCAGUGCCUCCGAAAAACUUUGCACUUAUGCUGAAUCUGAUUGGUUUAAAGGGGGGGUGUUUGGGUCAAAAAGAAAAGCCGAAUAUUAGCACUGUUAGCGGCGAGGCUGAGUCAACACUGUUGUUUGUUGUGUUGCUCAGCUGAGCCGAUGAAGUGGUGGUGAUGUCACCUCACCACUGUAACUAUAACCCUGCCCACACUAGUCAAAAAAAAAAAAGAAGAAAAAAACCAACCGUCAUUGGUUGACAGUUGCUGUUCAAAUGAACCAUAUCAGUGGCAACAGUUUGAAUUGAAGCCUCAUUGGAGGUAGUGUAUUAUUGGUAACAUUAUGUAUUGCUGUAUAUGGGGUGUAUAUUAUCAAUUGUCCAUAUGACUAUUUUUCUUUUCUGGUUGCUUUAGAGUCGAUCUGGCCAGCCGGGGGAACAUGGGGGUCAGGGCGAGGCUUCCAAAAUACUUGGACUUCGUCAUUUUUUUAAAGAAAGAAAAGUUUAAAAAAAAUAAAUAAAAAUAUUAUAAAAACUCU